AUGCUCCGCAACACCGGCGCCGCCGCCCUCACCCCGCCGGGCUCUCCACCGACGUACAAAGCGUACCUGCGCCCGUACUGGUUCAUCCAACGCGACAACGGUGCCUAUGUCCCCGUCAUCCCCGUCGACGAACUGCCGCCGGACAUCGACCUUGAAGAAGCGCCGCGAUGUCUGAACAUGGACGAUGCGCAGGGAAUGAAGUUUCUCGGGAAGCUCGCGUUCAGUGGCCAGACGUACAGUCUUGCUCAGCAGAAGCAGCAGCAGCAGCAGCAGGUCACACCCGAAGCCGACUGGCCACUGGAUAGCAAGUGGACGCGCCGCUACCCGUUGCAGCACCGGACGUGCUCGCAGACCGGGCUGCGGCCGUUGAUUCUCGGCUCGACCACGCUGCCAAGGGAGACUUCCGCGGAUGAUGCACACGGCAGACCCCACAGCGAUGCCAAAACUCUGAAAGCCUUAACCUCAUCGAGCCCGGUCUCGACCACCAUCACCAGACCCCUUCCCCCGUCAGGCCGCGAGCCCGACCACUCGAAGAAGGAAUACUGCACCUACUGGAUCCGCACGGGCGAGUGCGACUUCACCCAGCAGGGCUGCCUGUUCAAGCACGAGAUGCCGGACCUGAAGACGCUGCGCGAGAAGAUUGGCAUCAGCAGCGUUCCGCAUUGGUACCAGGUCAAGACUGCAAUCCAGAGGCGGAAGGAGAUGGAUUCCGGUGCCGUUGAUGGUGCUGGAAAGGGUGUGGGAGAGACCCCGCGGUGGUUGAAGGAUGUAGUGAGGAAGAAUGCGCAGGGCCAGGAUGCUGUGAGCGAUAGUGGGAGCAGUGAUGGGGAGGAAGAAGGAGAAGUGGGAGAGGAGGUGCUCACGCCGCCGUCGUCCAAUACCAGCCCCAACAGUGCCACCAUGGCGAGCAAUCCCAUCGCCAACACUGCGACGCGAAUCGCGUCCACCCCGAGGCUGUUCCGCGCCCCGGAUUUCGAGGUCAGGAGGAGGAAGGAACAGACGCCGCGCCAGGCGGAUGAACUGGACCGGGACGACAUUUCCCUCAUCGACCUCUCGUCCGCCCCUCAUCCCCCAGCACCCGUGGCCGCAACGAAGCCGUUCCUGCCAUCGUCGUCGAACAGACACCAAGCUCUGAAACCCCUCCCCCGUCCCCCCUCCGUCGCCCGCGCCACCCGCAGCAUCAGCGACGCCCAGGCCGACAUCGUCAACCUCAUGCACCACAGCCGCACCGCGAGCAGCCCCGGCCUCGAGAAGCACAACAAGCGCCACAGCGACCCCCCGGCUACUACCACCAGCAGCAGCAGCAAGCUGAACUUCACAACCACGACCACCACGACCGCCACGAAGCGCAAGUCCUCCGCCCUCCCGCAGAUGAAGCGCUACUUCGCCCCGCUCCCCACCGCUACCACCACCCCCGCCCCAGCGCCAGCGGCAAAAGAGAAAGUGAAGGCGCAACCCCGCGCCGCCACCCCCGCCCCCACCACCAGCAGCAUCCGCGCAACCGGCCUCCGCGCAUCCAGACACGCGCCGCCGCCGCCGCCUCUACCACCGUCACCGCCUCCUCCUCCUCCGCCGCCGCCGCCUCCGUCCGCCAGCAAUAGCGUAAUCGGCGACGAUGACGACGACGACGCCAUGCUGGGUUUCGCGCCGAUGUCGGUGUCGUCGGUGUUUGCGGAUGAUCAUCAUCGGCGCCGGCGCCGCCUCUUGGGGGAGUUGGGCAUGCGGGAGGAGGAAGGGCGUGGUGGUGGAGGGCAGGGGCAGGGGCAGGGAGGACCGGCUGCUCCUGCUGCGGCGUAUAUUAAGGGGGGAGGGAGGGUGGCGAUGAGGAGGGGUGGGGGAGGUGGUGGGGGAAUUGGUGGUGGUGCGGGGAUGAUGACGAAGGUGCCGGUGAAGGCGGGGGGUGGUGGGGGAGUAUCGGGAACAUUGGGAGGAGCGGCGGCGGUGAGGGGGAGGAGGGAGGGGGUGAGGGCGAGGCAGGUUGUUGUGUGA